GAGAGCAUAUUCGUAAUGGGAACCAGAAGAGAAGCAAAAUAAUGUUAUGUUGCGUGUUUGAAGAGGCGGAGAGUGAGGUUCGGUGAUCGUGUGGCCAAACUCAACAACCGCCGCCACCGCAAUCGCAAUCGCGCUUUAUUCUAUUCUUUCCAUUUCUCUUCCUCUUCUUCCCCUAUUUGACUUCCUUCUAUCACAUUCACACUCUCUUCUCUUUCCAACAACAAUCAAUGUCUUCCUUUUUCCUCCGCCGCAGCACUGUCUUCUUCUCUCGCGCUCUAACCGGUAAUAGGGAGCGUUUUCAUCUCUACUUUCAGUUCAAGGUACAUCCAUAUAGCACCCGUACUGCUUCCAUCAGAAACGAUUUUACUGACUUGACUUCCCCUCAUACAUGGUAUCCACAAGCCAGGAGUAAACGUCGCAGGGUUAUCCUGCAUGUUGGUCCCACAAAUAGUGGUAAAACAUAUCAUGCUUUGAAGCAACUUGAAUCAAGUGCUUCUGGCAUAUAUUGUGGUCCUUUGAGAUUGUUGGCAUGGGAGAUAGCAAAACGGUUGAACAAGGCAAAUGUUCCUUGUGAUCUGAUUACUGGCCAGGAGAGAGAGGAAGUUGACGGUGCAAAUCAUAGGGCUGCUACAGUUGAAAUGGCUGAUGUAUCCUCUGAUUACCAAUGCGCUGUUAUUGAUGAAAUUCAGAUGUUGGGGUGUAGUACAAGGGGCUAUUCAUUUACACGUGCUUUAUUAGGCAUUGCUGCAGAUGAACUUCACCUUUGCGGUGAUCCAGCUGCAGUUCCCCUUGUUCAGGAGAUGUUGAAAAUUACUGGUGACGAAGUUGAGGUUAAGUUUUAUGAGAGAUUGUCACCUUUAGUCCCACUGAAGGUUCCUCUUGGAUCCUUCUCUAAUGUAAGAAAUGGUGAUUGCAUUGUAACCUUUUCACGUAAAGACAUAUACGGAUUGAAGAAGAAAAUUGAAAGAGAAGGAAGGCAUCUUUGUUCAGUAGUUUAUGGUUCACUGCCACCAGAGACUCGUACAAGGCAGGCAACCAUGUUCAAUGAUGCAAGUAGCGAGUUUGAUGUUCUUGUGGCCAGUGAUGCCAUUGGAAUGGGUCUUAAUCUAAACAUCUCUAGGAUCAUUUUCUCAACCAUGAAGAAGUUUGAUGGUUUUGAGAUGCGGGACCUGACUGUACCUGAGAUCAAACAGAUAGCAGGGAGAGCUGGCAGAUAUGGAUCAAAUUUUCCUGUAGGAGAAGUAACCUGCAUGGAUGCUGACGAUCUACCCUUGUUGCAUUCAUCAUUGAACUCCCCAUCACCCAUUUUAGAGCGUGCUGGGUUGCUUCCUACCUAUGAACUGAUGUAUAUGUAUUCAAGAUUGCACCCAAAGUAUGGUUUCUGUCAAGUACUGGAGCAUUUUAUUGACAAUGCCAAAUUAUCCGAAAAUUAUUUCAUUGUUAAUUGUGAACAAGUAUUGAAAGUGGCUGCUGUUAUUGAUGGGUUUCCACUCGGGCUGCAUGAGAAGUACCUUUUCUGUAUCAGUCCAGCUGACAUGGAUGAUGAUAUUUCAUCUCAAGGCCUGGUACAGUUUGCAGAGAAUUAUGCAAAGAAAGGCCUUGUCCGGCUGCGGGAAAUAUUUACGCCAGGGACACUGACAGUGCCCAAGACACCAGCUGCUCUUAAGGAGCUGGAGUCCAUCCACAAGGUCUUGGACCUCUACGUCUGGUUGAGUUUCCGGUUGGACGAAUCUUUCCCAGACCGGGAGCUGGCUUCAUCUCAAAAGUCCAUUUGCAGCAUGUUGAUAGAGGAAUUCCUAGAAAGAUUCGGGUGGCAGAAGCCAACGGAUAGAAGGUUGCCUUCGCGGGUGUCAAAUUCUCUAUUAUCCCCCCACAUGAGGCAAUAUUUAUAGAGGAUAUUCCCUUUCCAUGCCAGCACCGUGACCCCUGCCAACACUUAGACCCGUUUGGAUUCAUACCAAAGAGCAUUAAUUGAAUCUUAUUUACUGCGAUUUUUGUAGUGGUGAAACUUGAAUAAGUGUUCAUUGGUCCAUAGCCAAACAGGCUCUUAUAUGCUCAACAAUCGGCAUUGUACAAGUUGGCACGAAACAGUGUCAAGUCUUCUGUACAUUUCUAGGUUCUUUUACACCUCCUGGGUGGUUUUAUCAUAUAAGUUCAUCAGGACUUGUGAUUCUACAAUGUAUGACAGAAGUAAAUUAUAAUGGACUCGAGAUUCUUUUUUCCUUGGAAUACUUUUUUUCUAUUCAUUUUCAAAUGACUGUAAACGCCACUUGAUAUUAAGUGAUGAGUGUUUUGGAUAA